AUGCCAAACCUCCCAUACGGAGAGGACUACUAUACUCAGCCAUCAUUGACCGAAAUAGCCUCAAAGGAAAAGGACGAACCCGGAAGCUGCACUCGUGUGGAAGGCUUUGUUUUCGGGAGGACUGGAUUUGGAAGCAUUAGAUUCUUUGGACAAACGAAUGUCAGGAAUCUCGAUCUUGGGUCGAUUGUCCAAUUCAAUAAACGUGAAGUGAUUGUGUAUGGAGAUAACAACAAGAAGCCACCAGUGGGGCAGGGCUUGAACAAGCCUGCUGAGGUCACUCUGCUUAAGAUCAAAUGCACGAGCAAGAAAACGGGCAAAGAGUAUGUGGAUGGGCCACAGGUAAAGAGUUAUAGGGAGAUGCUGGUGAAGAUGGCUAGGGAACAAGGGGCCGAGUUUGUCUCGUAUGAUCCGGUUGAAGGGGAGUGGAAAUUCAGGGUGCAGAGUUUUUAG